GCACUCCGAUCCCGCUGAAAGCACCGCAGCAUGGGCUACUCAAGGAUCUCUGGCACGUGGCACGCUCAGCCCGGCCCAGGGCUGCUCCUGCUAGGACUCCUGCUGCUGCCAGCUCUGGUGGCCUUUGCCAGCACCAGCACCGGAGCUGAACCUGUAGGAGAAGACUUGGACGUGCGGUGUAUGUGUGCGAAGACCCACAUUGUCGUCCAUCCCAAGUACAUCAACAGCCUGGAAGUGAUCCGCGCAGGACCCCAUUGCCCCGUGGCGCAAAUGAUAGCCACGCUGAAGAGCGGGGUGAAGAUUUGCCUGGACCACCAUGCUGCCAAGUACAAGAAAAUAAUCAAGAAACUUUUGUCGGAGAAAUAGCUGCCAACUUAGCUGUUGAGAUUUGUGUUUGCUACAGAGCCCUCCCCCCCUUCACUCGCAAUCUGUGUCACAAUCUUUUGAUGUUCAUAUUACCCUUCAAAUGCUGAAUAAAUAAAAUAGCUCAAAUUGUG